ACCGAUCGUAAUUCCUUUGACCGGCUGUUCAUUUGGCAGUUUAAUCAAGAAGUGAAAUAUGCAGAUGAUCGGCAAGGUUGUAGUAUUAUUCAUCCUGUUCCAAGCUCUUGUAAUAACUUCUGGUCGAUUGUGCCAUUUUGAAACUGAAAUUUCAGCGUCGUUUUGGAUUCGAAAACCUUGUGUGUUCUUCUUUGGCAACGAAACUAAAAUUACUAAGUACAUUGGAAAUGAACUGCGAUUCGGAGAGGACGCUGGCUCGAAAGGGGCUUUUAGAGGAUUAAAAGUGAAUCUUAACGAGUUCUUUGAAAGCCCUUUGACGCUCUGGAACAAAAGUUGUGAUUGUACUGAAGUACCAUGUUUGAACGAACAACAAUUGAACAAUUUAUUUGCUAACAGUUUGGAGCUGGUUCGCAAAGAAGUACCGACUAGAUUUCGAUAUCUUCCUCGAUUAUGCUGUGCAUUACAACAGGUUUUGGGAGAACUCGUUUUUAGAUUGCAACCAGAAGACAUCGCGAAAUUGACGAAAAUCGCCUUAAAGGGAAUUAACAUUCACAAUUGGACAACAUGUGUCACUAAUGAACUCCGACAGACGGAGUGGUGCAAAACUUUUAAAGAUAGAUGUGAUAACCUUAUAGAUCGUAUUAAGAGAGGCUGUGAUGGAAAACCAAGGGAAAGGAGAGAUAUUGAUCUAAAUAUGACCACAGUAUGCAGUUCGUCCUCGUGUUUUCAGGGUAAGAAGAAAUCAUUUAAAUAGUUUCUACCUUCAUGAGUACAUAGCGUUGUUUACGACCGGUAGCGUUAUAUUAAAUAAAUUACUGUGGAAUGCACCAGAAAUGUCUUGGGGCGCGAAAACUUGAAUUCCUUUCACUUUCAUGUGAUUUCUUCUUUAUUUUUAGAACCCAAAAUGAUGUUUUAACGAAAAUGAAAAUGAUCUCAGCGUAAGCAAAAUCGAUCAAAGUUUUAUAAGUGCUAGCUUAAUUUAAAGGAUAGUGAACUGAUGGAGAUCAGUGAAGGGUUAUUGUUUGUUCCUCUAAAAUAUAAAAUAAUUAGCCAUUUCACCAAAAUUCAGUGAAGAAAAAUUCUGGCUUAUCCCAGUCAUGUUUGGCUCAACGUACGCACUAUUUUCAUCGCCAAACUUUAAAAAUCGAUUUAAUAAGCGCAAGUUUUGCCGGGGCCGAAGAUGAUAGAUGCAUAUUGCUUAAUCAUAGCUUAUAUUCGAGCAAGGAUAUUUGCCCAUUUUGUUAGCAAAGAAUGCCAAUCUUUCACCGAAAGUGAUUAAUGAAUUGCAAAACAUAAAAAAAGUGAAACAAGGUUUGACGUCCUAUAUUGAUACGAGGCGACACAGUAUAUAAAAAGCGUGGGAUGUGUAUGACUUAGAAUAAUUUAUCUGAAUUAAACACAAAGCAAAAUUGUAACAGGAACAAAGGCUUUCAAGGACAAUUUAAUUACAUCGCUUUCGUGAACUUGAAGAUUUGCAUUUCGCUUGGCACGCGAAACAAAAGUUUUACGAGAUGUGCCGAGAGCAAUUACAAAAAAUAUAAUUGGAGUGUGAAGUAAUUUUUUUUUCCCAGUUUGUAGAUUAGCGAAUUAUUACUUUGUGUGUGUGUUCACGGAACAUCUCAGUUAAGGCGAAGAAACACUGGAAGCAUACUGAUGCUUGUGGCAGCUUCAUGCACACUUAAUAUGGGGUUUCAGUGCAUUAACUUUAAAAUUAACAUUUUCUUUAUUGGCGAGACAGGUACUGCGUUCUGUCAGUUUGGAAAUGUUAACCCCGGAUAUUGAUAUUUUGGCAAUUCAUCAAAUUAGAGCAAAAUAUCGACAGCUAUCUCCGGAGCUAAGACGUUACAUAGAAGCAAAUCGCCUUCCUCAAAUAUACUGUGUACAUUAUUCCUGACAAUAGGCUCGCUUCAGAAACGUCAAGCGUAAAAAGCAGACUGUCUGUCUUACACCAGUUUUUCUUCUUGUCAAAUUCGCUAACAGGCGUUCGAGUUCGCCACCUAGUACCAGGCUCGCCAACCUCGUCCCCAGAGAAAAGCGCCCUGGGGACGAGGUUGUCGGCCCGCAAGCGUUUCCUAUCGAGUUAUUGCGCGAAAGUUAGAGCGGAAGCGAUAAAAAAAAUUGCUCUCUUCCCAACUUUCUCGACGAACUCGCGCGGAAACGCUUGCUACGCAGGCUACAUUAACUUACAAUGUUCAAUAAAAAUAUCACACAUAAUAUUUUACAUUGAUUAAACUUUUAAGUUCACGCGAAAAGAAAGGAACAGGAAAAGGAGAAGAAAGCGAAAAAAGCAUCAAUCGGGAAGUAGAGCGUAAGAAAACACCACUGCGCUACUGAUUGCUGCGCUGCAUGCUUAGUACAGUCGAAUCUCCCUAUAUACAGCGACCACCAAUGCGAAGAUUUAGUGGUCGCUUUAGAAGAGAGUUGGUGGCUUACACUCUUUUUAUAAACAAUAAUGUUGUGUUUCCAACCCAGGCUGAAUAUUCUUAUUUUCCUUCAUCUUGAAUUACUAUUAAUUAUAAAUUAUUGCUUAUGGCAUUCCCGUUUGAGAAUGUAUUGGUGUUUCGAUUACCAGUGUCCUUGUCGUUUAGUGAAAGGAAUAAUUUUCUGUAUUUACAGAUUUUCAAUCACAAAAUUGAGUCCUUUACGAAAUCUCAGCCUUGGGUUUAUUCUUGAACUAUUCUUAAAAUUUCGCAAAUUUCAGCCUCGAUAUUCUUAUGAAAGAUAUUCUUAUAUAAAAAAUAGAGUGUAUGAAAAUUGAACCACAUGCUAGCCUGCUUGGCAGGCGUUUGAAAGGGAAGGGAAAGGGGGUUUUGGGCACGAGGGAAACGCCUUUCUGUCGCACCUAAACCCCCCUUUCCCUUUCCUUUCAAACGCCUGCCACGCAGGCUAACCACAUGCGGUCUCCUCUGUUCAACGAAUUACUGGAAGAGUGUUUCGAAUUUCCAUUCAUCUUGAUUGGCAAAUGGACAAUGGCUUUUUUAACAGGCCAAUUAUGACGCUGUGGUCAAAUCUUGGUACACAGGUUGGGGCCGAAAACAAGGAUUUCGGCGCCCUUUUGCAGACGGAUUUAACCCAGAGUUAAAACGUUUCGUCUGCGGUGCAGGCUAGGAAAAUCUUUGUGCUUCGGAUCUGUGGUUGCACAUGGAGGUUCGACUGUGUAAUUUUAAAGUAAACUAACACCUUAAUGUCACAAAUAAUCUUGUCAUGGCAUAAAUAUUGUUUUGUAGAUGAGGGAUCUGUUUCAUCUUCAUCUGUGGUGACUCUACAAAGAAUAUCUCUGUCGAGUAUGGUUUCGUUGACAGCCAUGACUAGUUCAGCGAAUUCCUUGAAAAAGAGUGUCCAAGCGCUUGAUACGAAUUCAUCUCCAACUUGUGGUUCACAGCAACCUUCACUUUCUUCGGUUUUAUUCACCUCUUCUUCCCCCGGAUCGUGGUCAACGAAAUCUUCCACUGCACCAGCUGAGUCGAGAGCUUUUUUACGGGAACUGUCACCAUCUCCUUCUUUGUCUACUUACGUAACGCCUCUGAUGGCUAAAGAUCAUGAAGGAGGUGUAGUAACUACCACCUUUGGUUACAAGGCAAAGACCCCGCCCUUUUGGAAAUUCUCUUUUUCUCUAACCAGCUCAACUGUUAGCGUUUCAGAAGGUUCACCUCUUGCGUCUUUGUCAGCGUCACAGAACACGUUUUUCAAAAUUUCAACCGACGUUUCCCGCGUGGUAGACAAUUCUUAUUCUUUUAAAGCAAAUUCUCGUCUUCCGUUGAUGGACAGCUUCACGACUACUUCUUUAAAGCAUAG